AUGGAGAAAAGGCUUCCGAGUUACGUGGAGGAGCACGUUCCCCAUGAGGACUACGACUUUAUAGAUCAUGCGGUUGAGAGCGACUUUGAUGCGAUCCAGCGUGGUGUGGUCGAUGCUUUGGGCACAAAUGACCAUCUGGGCUUGUGGAGGGUGGGCACCUCCCAUCGAGACGAGGAGCAGGAGCCUCUGCUGCCUCAGCUGACACCUUAUAACCGUUACCCUGACACACACCCUGACUACACUCUAGAAAGUGAUUUGACGUAUGAUAUACCUUUGAUCACCUUUAAUCAACCAGACACUUCACAGAACACGGCAGCUUCGGAGCGACCCCAGUUGAAGCUCACUACUCAAGAUCUCGAUUCGUUGGAGGCUGGCGCUUAUAGAGCUCCUCUGCCUUCGAGGGCACCGCAGUCUCCUUCAAAACUACCCGAUUUCCUCACAAGAAUGUCUAACAGAAUUGCCGGUGACAACAAUCCGCCUCCUACACCAAGUGCCGAAAGAUCUCACUCUUUCAGUGAAUUUCUACAUCCAUCUACAUCCUCGAAACAUCCUGAAUCUCCGAGCCCUUCAGCUCAGGAGCCGACGUUUGGAAGCGUCCAAUCGAUAGAUACAAGCGCGGAACAUCACAGUGACGAUGGACACUCCAAAGUCUCAAGUGAUGGACAAACUCGAGACAUACCGACUCUAUCAACAGAGAGCGUCAAUAAUAUCAGUCGUCCCACUCUACAACGUACUCACUCUGAUGCUGUGCUGGGCGUCAGUGGAGGUUCAGUUCCACUCAGUGCUGCUGCAAAGCCAUUUUUUUCAAAAAUUGAGAGAGCGGAAAGAUUUGAUCAUCUCUAUCUCUACGGCAAGUCAUGUGGCAUGUUUACAAGCAAAAGCAAGCUACGAAUAAUGUGUCAUCGUCUAGUGUCACACCCGAUGACUAGCUCCUUCCUUCUAUUUUUGCUCGUACUUCAGACAGCCUUGCUUUCAUACCGUGAAUGGAAUCCUGAAGCUCUUGAUGGGUAUUACUACUCCGGUUACAAUUGGGCGGACUACAUUUUAAUGGCUAUUAACAUACUAUAUUCCAUAGAAGUGUUUGCGAAGAUCAUCGCAUAUGGCUUCAUAUCUGACAAAGUCAUGUUUGACGAAUUGGGUUUGGAAUAUCCCCUGACUGGGUUUCUUAUGUCCGCAAAACGUGCGAUCGACAACAUUCCAUUUACAUCAAUCAUUAAAAGGCUAUACCAUAAGUGGGCAGACACUAGGAGACUUAAAAGUGCAGACCUCAAUAUCAAGUAUGAUGAUUUCGUACUGAAUGAGGAUCUGUUCAAUCAUCACAGAAGAGAAGAUCCCCAUAAGCCAGAAUUCACAAGUUUCGCUGCCGGUCAGUCCCCUCAAAUGAAUGGCGUAAGGAAACAAAACACUUUUCUCUAUUCAACACAAAUACGAAGAAAAGUUGAUGAAAUGAAUUUGCGCCGUGCAUACCUACGUACUAGUUGGCAGGUUAUCGACUUCAUCUCGAUGGUAUGCUUUUGGAUUUCAUUGCCAUUGUCUUACAAUCAUUAUGACGCGAAGCAUCACAUCUUUCUCUUCAGGGCACUCAGCUGUCUAAGAAUAUUGCGUCUCUGUAAUUUGACAACGGGUACUAAUAUAAUUCUUCGUGCCAUUCACUCUGCGAUCCCGCAGCUUGUUGAUGUUUCUUUAUUUAUCUGCUGUUUCUGGGUGAUAUUCGGUAUUAUCGGUGUUCAGUCCUUCAAAUCGUCAUUGACAAGGCAUUGUCAAUGGACUAAUCCCGAGGAUCCCUCCGAAACCUACUUGAAUUCGGAUCUGUAUUGCGGGUCUUUCAUUGGUCGAGAUGGCUUCGUCAGAUCUUUCUUAGAAAGAGAUGGAAGCUCGUCGGGCGUAAUCAAGGGCUAUCGUUGUCCCAUGUACUCCGUGUGUCAAUCAGGUGAAAAUCCAUAUGGUGGAACGGUGAAUUUUGAUAAUAUCUUCCAGUCCAUGCAAUUAGUUUUCGUCAUAAUGAGUGCCAAUACUUUCACUGACAUCAUGUAUUAUACGAUGGACACUGAUAACAUUGGUUCGUCCCUAUUUUUCAUAUUUUGCAUCUUUAUAUUGACUGUUUGGUUGUUGAAUGUCUUUAUCGCAGUGAUAGUCACAUCGUUCAACAUCGCUCAACUCGAAGAUGCCGAAGACAAAAAGCGUAAAGACGAGGGACGCCGGACAUCUCUUUUGGCAAUUUUUGGUUUUAAUGACAAACUUCAUAAUCAGAAGGUAUAUCCUCUAAUUCAAAAAAGACUAUAUUUGCGGAUAUAUUACAAAAUUGAGAUCUUCUUUGUCAUGCUCAUUGCCACCGACUUAAUCAUACAAGCCUUGAGAGAUCACAACAUGUCGGAUCAGAGAGCACAUGGUCUCUACAGAUUCGAAGCAGCUGUAACAGCUACCCUUUUUGUGGAAAUCAUCAUAAGGUUCUUACUUUACUAUCCUCAUUGGCGUACCUUUUUCAUGUCGAGGAGAAACUUUUUUGACAUGUUCCUUGCAAUCAUCACAGGCAUAAUUAUAUUGGGACCUGUGAAAUCUCUUUUGGGGCACGCUUAUUAUUGGCUCACAGUUUUCCAAAUUGCAAGGAUUUACCGAGUUGUACUCUCCAUUGGUAUCACCAGAAACCUUUGGAUGAAGCUUACAAAUAACAUAAAGGCUAUAUUUGACUUGGCAUUGUUCUACUACAUUCUUUUGUUUUUACUGAGCAUUAUAGUGACGCGGUAUUUUGAGGGCACGGCGACGAAAGAAGAUACAACUGAAGAUUUUUUCACAUCCUUGUAUACUUUGCCAAAUGCGUUCAUGUCAUUGUACAUCAUCACAACCACUGAAAAUUGGACCACAGCUGUUUACGGGCUUCAAGAGGCAGCAAAAACAGUGUCACUGCGAGCAUUUGGUACGAUCUUUUUGUAUGCUUGGUUUGUGGUGUCCAACACAAUGAUAUUGGGUAUUUUCAUUGCUGUGAUUGCAAGAACUUUGGAAGUCUCCGAGGAGGGCAAGCGUAAGCAACAACUACUUCAGUUUAUUGAUAAUAUGACGAAGCGACUCCAAAGCAUUACUCAUGAGACAGGUGCUUUGUCCAAGUGGAAACACAAGAUAUUUAAAAGAAAAGACGAUAAGAACAUAGAAAGGGCUAUGACAAAUCUUUUGUUGAGUGGUACGGCUGUGAAUGAAUUCUUGGAAAAAGAUCUCGAGCCUGAGGAUCGCGAUGAUGAGGAGAUCAAGCCGCUUCCUCGGAAUCCCGUUCAAAGAUGGAUCAAAGUUAAUUUUACACGAGCCUUAAGUGUUGUCAAAAAUCCUUUUUAUUCUUCAGGGCGAAAAAGUAUACCCCUCGAAAGCUUUGAUCCUGCUAAGUUUGCACAGAAUGUCAUCACGGAAAGAAAUCAACUCGUCAGCAGUCAAGAUGAAUACUUGCGGAAUAACCCAAUGUUUAACACGGUAUUUUACAUGUUGGGUCCCCGUCAUAGAUUAAGACGAUUCUGUCAGCGCAUUGUGUUUUCUAGUUACGGUGAAAGAGUUGAUGGAGUAGAGCCCAACAAAACUGUGGGAGAAAUAUUUAUCGCUCUCAUGUUCCUUUCAACGGUAGGAAUUGUGGUGACUACUUGCAUACUAACUCCCUUAUUUCGGAGAGAUAUCAUUAAUCAAGAAGGAAAAUGGAGUUGGGCCUUCAUUAUUGACGUCGUCUUUAUUUGCAUCUUCACCAUCGAGCUAUUAAUAAAGAUCACGGCAGAUGGCAUUAUAUUUACUCCAAAUGCAUACUUCAGGUCUUCUUGGAACUGGAUCGAUUUCAUCGCCUUAGCAUCCUUGUGGAUUGAAUUCAUUUCUGUUUUGAGAAAUGAUGGCCAUUUAUCGAGAAUUGUGCGUGGUUUGAAAGCAUUAAGAGCAUUGAGGUUGUUGACAAUAUCGGAGACAGCAAAAAGUAAUUUUCAUUACACCAUGAUAUCAGGCUUCGGUAAAAUAAUGAGUGCAGCUCUCAUAUCGAUUACAUUACUUCUCCCGUUCUCGAUUUGGGGUCUUAAUAUUUUUACUGGAAGACUUGGUACUUGCACUGACGAUUCUCUUGGUGAAGCUGAUUGCUACAACGAGUCCGGGAACACUGUUUUUGAUUGGGAUGUCAUAUCUCCAAAUGCCUACGUUGAACCAUUCCUCAACUUCAACAACUUUGCAAGGUCAAUUUCUACCCUUUAUCAGAUUGUCUCCUUGGAGGGAUGGACGGAAUUGCUUAUGCAAGUAAUGCAGAGCACAGGGGAGGGGACACCACCUGAAUUAUUUGCUUCUCCAUUUAAUGGUGUCUUCAUCAUCCUCUUUAAUAAUGUCAGCAUAGUUUUCAUUUUGACGUUGUUUGUGUCUGUGAUUAUCGACAACUAUUCUAGGGUAACUGGAAGAGCGUACUUGACGAAAAGCCAAAUUCAAUGGUAUCAGGUAAAGAAGUUUCUCAAACAAGUAAAGCCUUCUAAAAGAAUGGACAGAUCCAACAUGCCCGGUCUACGAAGACUCUGCUAUAAUCUCACUGUUGAGAAGAACAUAGUAUGGUGGCAGACAUUGAAUCUUUGUUUAUUUAUUCAUAUUAUCGCCCUUCUUAGCGAAACUUUCCCAGAGAGAGAUGGCAUCAAUACCGCACGUUAUGUAUUUUUGAUGAUAUCAUCUUCGAUCUUCAUUGUCAAUUCUUUGAUGUUGUGUUAUGCUCUUGGUUACAAGAGCUUUAUACAAAAUAAGUGGAAUCUUUUUCAAGCACUUGUGUCGAUUGGAGCCUUUGUAACUACUAUUUUGUCGUUCCCCAUUGACUCAAGUUCCAUCUUUAUCAACUUCAACAAAUUGUUUUUGGUCGCCAUGCUUACUUUCAUCUUCCCAAGAAGCAACAAACUUUCCCAGUUGUUGCGUUUUGCUUCGGCCUCAUUUCCAUCAUUGGCAUCCUUAAUUUUCACGUGGUUCGUGGUUUUCAUGGUGUAUGCUAUUGCAAUGAAUCAGAUAUUUGGUAUGACAAAAACAGGACCGAACACCACCGGCAAUAUAAAUUUGCGUUCCGUCCCCAAAGCGUUGAUUUUACUCUUUAGAUGCUCAUUCGGAGAGGGAUGGAAUGAUAUUAUGAGUGAUUUCACGGUUGAAUCACCAUGGUGUACAGCGGAUCAAACGCUUGAUGACUCCGAUUGCGGUAGUCAGCAGUAUGCUUACAUCUUAUUUAUGUCAUGGAAUGUUAUAUCCAUGUAUAUUUUCCUAAAUCUUUUCGUUUCGCUCAUCUUGGACAGUUUCAGUUAUAUCAACUCUGGAUCAGAUUACGUUGACCUAAUCAGUCGCGAGGAGGUUAGAAAAUUCAAGAGGGCUUGGCAACAGUUCGAUCCCAAUGGAACUGGCUUCAUCAAGCCGUACGAUCUACCUAAGUUCUUACAUUCGCUCACGGGAUCAUUGAGCUUUCGUUUCUAUUCUGGAGACUUGUCAAUACCUGAGCUUUGUCGAAAAUGGAUUAGACGAAAUAACCCUCAUGACCCGUAUGAUAUUUCUGUGAAUUAUGACGAGGUGGAAAACAUCAUGAACAAGAUGGACAUUCCAAAAAUUCAAGAACGAAGGAGGGUAUACGAGAGGUUCCUAGAAGAGGCUAUCAUGAACAUGGAGAUUCACGAGGAACCGGGCAUUUCGUUCACAAGAAUUCUACUCCAGAUCCCUCUUUACAAUUCUUUUGAUCCGAGCCAAUGUCUAAUUUUAUUGGAUUUCUUGGACAGAAGGUUAUUUUAUCAAAAGCUUGAGAAGCGGAUGAAGCUCAAAAGGGUUUAUGAGACUGUUGCAGCUUUUGCAUGCCGCUGGAAAUACGUCGAAAACAAACGUCACGGUGUGAGGGAUACGAAUAUCAAUUUCGACAAGGAGCUCAAGAGAUCAAGUUACUUCGCAAACGAGGAGCUUUCAUUAAAGGAGCCUAUGGAGGAGCAGGAUGAGGUCAGUGUCUCAGAUACAGAAGACUCUUCAUCCGACAAUGAGCUUAUACCUUUGCAUAAGGAUAAUCUCAAAGUUCAUAAGGGUGAUUACUACCCGAAGUCACCAGUUCAUCUUUUCAAGGGCACCGAUAAGUUUGGUCAGGACCACGAUGUUUAUCAUCACCCUGUUCGACUGGAAGCGGCCCACUCGCCCUCACAAUUGAGUCCAUCUAUUCAUCUGGCUCCUUGGGAAGAUAAAAGCAAUUUGUCUGCUGUCGAUCUCACCACUAUUGGUGAAACGCUAGAAAAUAGUAGCUGGGGGGAUGCAUUUAGAGAAGUUACAAGUAGAGGCUCCACUUCUCACAGAAUUAUAUCUAGACGACCUUCAACAAAUGGUCUGGACAAUUCAUACAACAGUCAAAGUUACGAAGACAAGAAGUUUAGCUGA